GCCUGGUUUGGCAAGUGUAGUGGGUAGUGGUAACAGCAGUGGUAGCAGGGCCCUCCCUCUGUCUCUGCACAUAAAUAUUCGCAGCCUGCCUAUUCCAGGCAUGGAUAUCGGUUGCACACAGACAUGGCACUGCGACAUUACACUCUCGACUUCAGCCUCUCUACGGCAGUUGACUCUGCUUCGACAGUUCCUGGCCUGCUGUCCAUAUUUCAUGAGCAGGAAAUGACAGAGACUGUCCAUGAUACAAAUGGGCAUGGAUACCUCGCUACUUUUGUUGGCAAGAAUGGCCGGCUUGUUAUUCUGCGUGUGCACUCCCAUGGGUUGGUCACCAUUGAUCUGCAGUGUUACGAAGAUGACAACAUUGCACAACUAGACAAUCUUUUAAAUGCACUGGAAAAGAAGCUAAAGGUUCUCUUAAAUGGCAAUAUAACAAGGAUUAAAAGGCUCCCAGCCAUUGUACGAGGGGCAAAAGUUGACCGAUACUGGCCCACAGCUGACGGCAGACUGAUCGAGUAUGACAUUGACCGGGUGGUGUAUGAAGAAGAUUCUGCAUACCAAAACAUAAAAAUAUUGCACUCACAGCAGUUUGGAAAUAUCCUAGUACUCAAUGGAGAUGUUAACCUGGCAGAGAGUGAUUUGGCCUACACCCAAGCCAUCAUAGGUAGCGGAAAAGAGAAUUAUGCUGGAAAAGAGGUGCUGAUACUAGGAGGAGGAGAUGGAGGCAUCCUUGCUGAGGUGGUCAAACAAAAGCCAAAGAUGAUCACCAUGGUGGAGAUUGACCAGAAGGUGAUAGACGGGUGCAGAACGCACAUGCGCAAGACUUGUGGCAAUAUCCUUGACAACCUGAAGGGAGACUGUUACCAAAUACUAGUCGAGGACUGUGUCCCUGUGCUGAAGAAGUAUGUCCAGGAAGGACGGAUGUUUGACUACGUAAUUAAUGACCUCACUGCAGUCCCAAUAUCCACAGAGCCAGAAGAAGACUCGACAUGGGAGUUCCUGCGUCUCAUCUUAGAUCUGUCAAUAAAAGUCCUGCAUCCAGCUGGGAAAUAUUUCACACAGGGUAACAGCGUGAAUCUGACAGAGGCACUGAGUCAGUAUGAAGAACAGCUGGGAAAGCUCUCAUGUCCCGUGGACUUCUCCAAAGAGGUGGUGUGUGUGCCCUCCUACUUGGAGCUAUGGGUUUUCUACACCAUAUGGAAGAAGUAGAGACCUCCAGUUUUCUGUGCUUGAAUCCUCAGCAGCUGGAAUGUGAAUGCUCUUCUUCUUCUUUUUCUUCUUCUUCUUCUUCUGCUGUAGCCUUAAAAGGUGUGCUCAGAUUGAACUUUACAUGAAAAUUACAGUCAACACAAAGUUUGGAAGCAAAGUAGAGAUUUCUGGCACAACCUCACCUACUUCCGAGGUGCGUUGAGAUGGAAAAAAAGACUAAAGAGGUCAAAACACCAGCAUUGCUUGAAGUUUACUGAAGAAGUUUUUUUUAUUAGACCGAUGCGUUUCGGCUUGUGUAAGCCCCUAAUGAAGGCCACAAGCCGAAACGCGUCGGUCUAAUAAUAGUUCUUCUGUGUACUACACUUUAGCAUACUCCACAAAGUUUGGAUAAAUGCAUUGUUAUGUGGUCUUUAAAAUUUUGAAAAAAGGAACGGAGGCGGAGAAAUAGUUGUAAAGAAAAAAAAAGAGUUCCUGCAGUGUCAAAUCCGUCUGCUUUUAAGUCUGAGCAGUACACACACACACACACACACACACACACACACACACACACACACAGCAGUCUAUGUCUAUUAUCAGUGACUACAUCUGUAUUGUAGACUGAAUAAUAAGCAUGGACUGCAAAACACUCCACGGUCAAGUUGAUGUGAAUAAAUGGAGGUGGAAAUUCACUUUGCAUUCAGUCUGAACACAUCUUAAGGGGUACAAUGACAUUUUUAUUAUCCCCUAUCCAUUGAUCCCUCAUCUACCCUCAUCUUCCUUCUCUUUCUUCCUUUGUUGGUUGUGUUUUACCGUUGUUUACCAUUGUUGCAACUUAUGAGUUGUAUUUAAUUUGUGUUACUUGAUUUGGAUUGUCCAUUUGCAUGUAUGCUGAAGGAACUGUUAGUUGUUGAAACACUGAUUUGAUACACUGAUAAUGUGGUGUAACUCAUCUUAGAACAAGUGUGUGUGUUCUCUCUUGUUUUCUUUAGGUUUUUUUUUUUUUCCUUUUCUCUUGAGUUAUGAGCUCAAAUCGUGUGAUAGGCCAAUCUAUAGACUCAGCCCAGCUUAAGUGAGUCGCUUUUAAGCUCUAUUUUUGUUACUGCCGCUCAAAUGUGAUUUGAUUCUUUCAGGUUGUAUCAAGGCAAUGUGAUCACGCCCAGAGAGACUGAAGUGUUGAAGUCCAAAUAUGUUUUAAAAGGGAAACAAUUCCACCACUUUAAUGCCACCUCUGUGCUUGUGCUGUUUUUAUGUCAUGUUUUAUUAGCACCUUGCUUUCUCCUGAUAUUUUAAGUUUUUUUUUUUUUUUUUUAAGACUGUAUUAGGUGCAUGUAAUGGACGGUGAAUGUAGCUUGCAUAUACAGUACACAGCACGUUUACACGCGCUCAACCCUGUGGGACUCAAUUACAUUUAUUUAUUCUAUAUAAUUUCACCAAAUGCUGUUCUGUCCCACUUGAGAUAAUCUUUGUGACCAUCUACAAUUAAAAUGUUUUGGGGGAAAAAUGUCGACUUUUUUUUUUUGCCAAAAGAAAUGAAAAGCAUCAAUAAAAAUCAAGGACACGCUUUGAAUACUUUAAGACAGCCUGUAUGUGUAAAUGGUGGAAAACGGUUGUGUUAUGUAUUGCACAUUUUGAAACCCAUGUAUUCUGAAAAUGUGUCCGAAAUGAUUAGUUGAUAACAGAAAAUGAAGUGGCUUUCAAGCAGAAUUACCAAUAGUUGACUGAAAUAUGAAGCGUUUCCAGUUAUGCCUCAUCUUAUAGUAAAUUAAAUAUCUGGGUUUUUGGACAGGCACAAGAAAAAAAAUACAAUUUCAAGAACACACUUUGGGCUCAGAGGACAUUUUAUGGUACAAACAAAUGAUAGGAAAAAAAAAUUGAUUAAACAUGAAUGUAAAUGAUUAUUAUUUUUUUAUAAGUUCCACAUGAAACCUAUGAGUACAUAUUGUUUAACUUGAGGUUUUUAUUGAGCUGGACUUCACAUUUUUCUGCCAAAUUUCAUUCAUCCACAAAUGAAGCAACCAGUGCUUUUGCAGCAAAAAUCAAUUCUGUCAAUUUUUUACUGUAAAUCUAUCAUUAGAGAUGUGGAUGUAAGAUUUACCUGCACAUUAUGGGUGUUUACAGAAGCUGGGUUUUUUUGGACUACUUAAUCAUGGUGUUGCUCUAACAUGUGUUGGACCAGACUGGAUCCAGUCUGCUGGCUUGUCCUGAUGUUGACUUGUUCUCCAUGGGUCACCAUCAAUGUAUGUAAUUUACCAUUGGAAUAUGACUUAUAUUGGUAACAUCACUGUACAAAGGAAUAAAGGCUGGUAUGAAUGGUCUAAAUGUA